UCACACACACACACACACCGAUCUCACACACACACUGAUCACAUUGAACUUGGAGACACCCCGCUUUCCUAGCUGCUCCCCGUUCCCGGGAAAGCCCCGGGAAGCUCUUAGAUCUGGAAAAUCCUGCCCGCGUCUUCCUAAGAAGAGAUUAUCUUUCCUUUACCGGGGUUUAUUGUUUAUUUAUUUAUUUUAAUCUGGAAGCGAAGAGAACAAGUUGUGCCCCCUCCCCUUCUUUCGCCGAUCGCCAUGGAUAUAAGUGCAUAAGCCGCCGGAGCUCUGUCCCCGCCUGGACGUCGGCGGCCACCAUCUGCCGGCCUGCGCCCGCCCGGAGAGCCGCAGGGCUUCGCUCCAGCCUGAGUCGGGCCCGGGAGAGGAUGCGCGGCCGAGCCUGGGAGCCCGGGCGCCCCGCGGAGCCGGCCUCGGAGCCUCCCAGCCGGGGGUAGAUGCUGCCCUGCCCAGGCACGGAGGCCUGAGUGACCAGACCAUGGAGACCCUGCUUGGUGGGCUGCUGGCAUUUGGCAUGGCGUUUGCUGUAGUCGAUGCCUGCCCCAAGUACUGUGUCUGCCAGAACCUGUCUGAGUCACUGGGGACCCUGUGCCCCUCCAAGGGACUGCUCUUCGUACCCCCCGACAUCGAUCGCCGGACGGUGGAGCUACGCCUGGGAGGGAACUUCAUCAUCCACAUCGGCCGCCAGGACUUUGCCAACAUGACCGGCCUGGUGGAUCUGACACUGUCCAGGAACACCAUCAGCCAUAUCCAGCCCUUCUCCUUCCUGGACCUCGAGAGUCUCCGCUCCCUGCACCUUGACAGCAACCGGCUGCCUAGCCUUGGCGAGGACACCCUCCGGGGUCUGGUUAACCUGCAACACCUCAUCGUCAACAACAACCAGCUGGGGGGCAUUGCCGACGACGCCUUCGAGGACUUCCUGCUGACGCUGGAGGACCUGGACCUCUCCUACAACAACCUCCACGGCCUGCCCUGGGACUCGGUGCGGCGCAUGAUCAACCUGCACCAGCUGAGCCUGGACCACAACCUGCUGGACCACAUCGCCGAGGGCACCUUCGCCGACCUGCAGAAACUGGCCCGCCUGGACCUCACCUCCAACCGGCUGCAGAAGCUGCCCCCGGACCCCAUCUUUGCACGCUCCCAAGCUUUUGCUCUGACGGCCACGCCCUUCGCCCCGCCGUUGUCCUUCAGCUUCGGGGGGAACCCGCUGCACUGUAACUGUGAGCUGCUCUGGCUGCGGAGACUGGAGAGGGAAGACGACCUGGAGACGUGUGGGUCGCCGGGGGGGCUCAAGGGUCGCUACUUCUGGCAUGUGCGUGAGGAGGAGUUCGUGUGCGAGCCUCCUCUCAUCACGCAGCACACGCACAAGCUGUUGGUUCUGGAGGGCCAGGCGGCCACGCUCAAGUGCAAAGCCAUCGGGGACCCCGGUCCCCUUAUCCACUGGGUGACCCCUGAUGACCGCCUGGUGGGGAACUCCUCCAGGACCGCGGUGUAUGAGAACGGCACCCUGGACAUCCUCAUCACCACCUCUCAGGACAGCGGUGCCUUCACCUGCAUCGCUGCCAACGCCGCGGGCGAGGCCACAGCCACGGUGGAGGUGUCCAUCGUGCAGCUGCCGCACCUGAGCAACAGCACCAGCCGCACUGCUGCCCCCAAGUCCCGCCUCUCCGACAUCACGGGCUCCAGCAAGACGGGCCGGGGGGGGGGAGCAGGGGGCGCAGGAGGCGCAGGAGGCAGUGGGGCUGGAGAACCCCCCAAAAGUGCCCCUGACCGCGCGGUGCUGGUGUCCGAUGUGACCACCACCUCAGCCCUGGUCAAGUGGACGGUCAGCAAAUCCGCACCCCGCGUGAAGAUGUACCAGCUGCAGUACAACUGCUCCGACGACGAGGUACUGAUUUACAGGAUGAUCCCAGCCUCCAACAAGGCCUUCGUGGUCAACAACCUGGUGUCGGGGACCGGCUAUGACUUGUGCGUGCUGGCCAUGUGGGACGACACGGCCACGACGCUCACGGCCACCAACAUCGUGGGCUGUGCCCAGUUCUUCACCAAGGCCGACUACCCGCAGUGCCAGUCCAUGCACAGCCAGCUGCUGGGCGGCACCAUGAUCCUGGCCAUCGGCGGCGUCAUCGUGGCCACGCUGCUGGUCUUCAUCGUCAUCCUCAUGGUGCGCUACAAGGUCUGCAACCACGAGGCUCCGGGAAAGUUGGCAGCGGCCACGGUCAGCAACGUGUACUCACAGACCAACGGGGCGCAGCCUCCCCCUCUGGGCAGCCUGGGCAGCGGCGGCGUGGGUGGCGUGCCCGCCGGGCAGCUCCCGCAGGCGCCACCCAAGGUGGUGGUGAGGAAUGAGCUGAUGGACUUCAGCGCCAGCCUGGUCAGGGGCAGCGACUCAUCUUCCUCCAGCUCCCUGGGCAGCGGGGAGGCCGCGGGGCUGGGACGCAUGCCCUGGAGACUCCCACCCCCUGCCCCUCGCUCCAAGCCCAACCUUGACCGCCUGAUGGGGGCCUUUGCCUCCCUGGACCUCAAGAGUCAGAGGAAGGAGGAGCUGCUGAGCUCCAGGACUCCAGCGGGCAGGGGGGCAGGGACAUCGGCCAGAGGCCACCAGUCGGACCGCGAGCCGCUGCUGGGCCCCCCCGCGGUCCGCGCCAGGAGCCUGCUCCCCUUGCCCCUGGAGGGCAAGGCCAAGCGCAGCCACUCUUUUGACAUGGGGGACUUUGCCGCCGCCGCGGUGGGCGGCGUGGCCCUGGGCGGCCACAGCCCCCCUCGGAGGGUCUCGAACAUCUGGACGAAGCGCAGCCUCUCGGUCAAUGGCAUGCUCUUGCCCUUUGAGGAGAGUGACCUGGUGGGGGCCCGGGGGACAUUUGGAAGCUCCGAGUGGGUGAUGGAGAGUACUGUGUAGCCUGCUGCUAGGUACCCUCCCUGCUUCCCUCAGAGGGGAGAAGAGGGCAAAGGAGGAUCUUCUCGGCAAGUUUUUCUGUGGCGUUUCCAUGGUGAUGUUUACAUCUGGGGACAGCUUUGCCUCCCUGUCAAUGGCCUCUUGUCCCUCCCACCCAGCCACUAACCCUCCCCUCCCCAUGUCACCUCCCCAGACCCCCCUGUCCCCACCACCCAACGGGGUGUGCUCAGGGAAUUCAGACUCGCUCAAACGUCGGACUGAGCCCUGGGUGUUUGGAGAGGCAACAAGCUCUGCCUUUCUGAUCACAAAUGUAGCGACAAGCAAGUGGCUUCGGA